CUUGACAAAGGUGUUCCGAACCUUUAAAGGUACCUGGUGAUGGCAGUUAAAGUGUUUUACCUGUAAAUAUAAUCGAUCAGCAUGGCAAUGCAAACUUGCACUUUAACACGUAGGGUAUGAAACGUUGAGUCUCUAUGAUCAGAUAUUAUUGUAACUUGGGUUUUUUCUAUGAUUUGGGUAACUUUUAGAUUAUUUCCAGGGAGGACUGUUAUAAUGCUGCUAGUAAUGAUUUGUUCCAUUUACAGUUUCCCUGACAGGGAGAGACAGCUUGUAGCCAAAAGUUAUCAAAUGGCCAUUAGUAAAAUAAAUAAAAGAUUUGUAAAUGCAGUUUGGUUUCUUGGCUUUCCUUCGUGCACGAUUAAUCUAAUUGGUAUUCAGAGAAGGCUGCAGUCAGGAAGGGCUAUCAUCAAUUACUUCUAGGCAGUCUAUGGAAAUACAAAUGAUUUCUGCACAUUAUCUACAUUCUACAAUAACCUCGGUUUCUAAAUCCACCCCCGCCCCCAAAUAGAUAGAGGUUCAAUACACAAAUUAUGGAAAUAAAAUGUUUUUUAGAGGCAAGGACUUUUUUGUAUGUAACUUACUACGAGAUACUUUCACUAAGGGACGUUCACUGAUACAUUUUUAUUUUAGGUAUAAGUAUUGAGGUUAAAGAGGGUUUACUUUAUAUCACCAUUUUCAAGGACAUCAUGCUAUGAAUAUAUGCGAUUCAAUUAUCAAUAAAAAUAACAUUCUUGAAAUUAUAUAUACAUAUACAAAUAAAUGCAACGUUAUUGUGCCCGGAACCUUCUGGUAGCCGUGUCUCACUCCUGCCGUGCAAGUUAGCAUGUUGCACUUCCGGUGCUUGUUUGGCUGGUAGUUUAAAAUUACAAACGCUGGCUAUAUGAAACACACUUUUAAUGCUUAAAUGGCAGCUAUACUACAUGUGGAUACCCGCCUAGGAACAAGAAGAGUCCUGUAGAGUGAACACAGAGUUGAACUUCUCUCUCUAUCGUACUAUGUUCAAAAAGAUGACUGAAUUUGGUCCAGAUUCCGGGGGGAGAGUGAAGGGAGUAACCAUCAUUAAGCCCAUUGUGUUCGGGAACGUUGCCCGUUACUUCGGGAAGAAGAGAGAGGAGGACGGACACACACAUCAGUGGUCUGUCUAUGUGAAGCCUUACAGAAACGAGGAUAUGUCUGCGUAUGUGAAGAAGAUCCAGUUCAAGCUUCAUGAGAGCUAUGGUAACCCACUGAGAGUGGUGACGAAGCCUCCGUAUGAGAUCACAGAGACGGGCUGGGGGGAGUUUGAGAUCAUCGUCAAGAUCUUCUUCAUUGACCCCAAUGAGAGACCUGUGACUCUGUACCAUCUGUUGAAGCUCUUCCAGUCAGACACCAGCGCCAUACCGAAGAAGACGGUUGUCUCUGAAUUCUAUGAUGAAAUGAUCUUCCAGGAUCCUACAGCCAUGAUGCAGCAGCUACUGACCACAUCGAGACAACUCACACUGGGAGCAUACAAGCACGAGACAGAAUUCAGUGAGCUGGAGCAGAGGACCAAGGAGAAAAUGGACGCGGCAAAGAGGAGAACCAGCCUGGAGAUCACUGAGCUGAAGGACAAACUAAAAGCCAGCAGAGAGAACAUCAACAGCCUGAAGGCAGAGAUCAGGAAGCUGGAGGAGGACGGAGACCACAAGGACCACUGAGGAACGGACAUAAUGAUUCAAAACAUUGCUGUGACAUAUUUUAUGAUCACACAUUUUGUGUUUUAAUCGUUUUUCUUUACAUGGACCCUCAGAGAAAACAUUACAAUAAUUUUUUACAUAACAUAGUUUUUAG